UUCGGUUUGCAUAAAGAGAAACUGAACAACUGGAUCAUGGCAGCUAGUAUAAGAAAAUUUUCAGCUUGCCUGUUCAGAACACAGUUAUGUCAACACAGGACGCUUGUUGGAUACAAGAAGAAUUCUUAUACAGCCGUAAAUUACCUGAGAAAUUCUGCACAGUGUUACACAUUAAAUAUGUGUAAAAAUUAUACAACAAGUAGAACUCUCUUGUGUGAUGAGGUGAAAAAAGCCCAGGGUUCAAAGAGGACCGGAGAACCAACCAUUUUCUCCAAGAUUGUUGAUAAGUCAAUCCCGGCAGAUAUCAUAUACGAAGAUGAACUGUGCCUGGCUUUCCAAGAUGUUUCACCACAGGCCCCUGUCCACUUUUUAGUGAUACCAAAGUCCCCAAUACCAGGAAUCAGUGAUGUACACAUACAGGAUAAAGAGCUUUUAGGACACCUUUUACUUACUGCCAAGAAAGUUGCAGAGCAGGAAAAUCUAUCGAAUGGAUACAGACUAGUAAUUAACGAUGGACCAGAUGGUGCCCAGUCAGUACAUCAUCUUCACAUACAUGUGAUGGGAGGCAGACAGAUGAACUGGCCACCUGGAUGACAUCUUUAGAUGUUUAAAAAUCAAACAUGUUAAUAAAAUUAUUACAUGUAUUUGGGUU